AUGAAGUUCUCUCUCGUCGCCGCUCUCGCUCUUAUCUCGGCUGUUGCCGCCGUCCCCGCCGUUGUCGACUCCCACGACUCUGGCCUCCAGGCCCUUGGCGAGCGCUCGCACGAGCGCAAGGCUCGCCACAUCGAGGCCGCCGUCCGCGCCGACUCUCUCGAGUCCCGCGACUGGGUUUCCAAGUGGGGCAAGGUCACCUGGUACGCCGGCGACCAAUUAAACAACCCCGCCUGCGGCGGACCGACCCCGACAGACGGCUCCGCCAUCGUGGCGGUUAAGAAGGGGGGCGGCUAUGGAAAGUGUGGUGAAUGGGUGCAUCUUCACUACAAUGGCAAGAUGGUCGCCGCUAAGAUCGUCGACUACUGCGAGUCAUGCGAGUGGGGCCAUUUUGACGCCAGCAAGAGUGUCUUUAAAGCUUUGGCACCUCUCAGCCAGGGCGUUAUCGAGGGUAUCCACUUCAAGCUGAUCACCAAGAACUAA